AUGAAUUUCAGCUUUUUGAGUGGAGUUGAAAAUGACCAGUUGAUAAAAAAUUAUUUAUCAGUAGACAACAAGUUGAGAUCCGUGAUGCUAGUGAUAAAAUACUGGGCUCAACUACACGAAUUGACUUGUAAAGAGCGAGGUUUAUCCAAGUAUUCUUUGACGAUGAUCUUCAUUUUCUACCUUCAGCACGAACAUUCCUUCCCCAGUGUUUAUGAAUUACAAGAAAAUACAGUUCCCACAAACCCUACUAUUAUAUGGAACAUGAACUUUGCACACAUAGAGGAAACAUCUGAUAAAAUAAAAGAAAUACACUCAAAAUCAAUGUUCAGCCUUCUUUUCGGUUUCUUUAGUUAUUAUGAGGACUUCCUGUACGAUUGGUCGUUGGUAUCAAGAUAA